AUGAACUGCAGCGAUGCGCGGCGGCUGCAGGCGCUGCUGGGCGCGGUGCUGCGGGAGCUGCGCGGCCACGGCAACUCCAGCGCGGCCCCGCAGGGACCCGGACCCGACCAGGGGGCGGACGGCUCGCUGUACAUCCUGCUCAUCAUGAUCUUCUACGGCUGCCUGGCCGGGGGGCUCAUCCUGGCGUACACCCGCUCGCGGAAGCUGGAGUCCAAACACGACCCCUACCACCUGUACAUCGAGCGGGACUGGGGCCCCCGCGGCCCGGGGCAGGCGGCCGAGGAGGGUCCGGAGGGGCAGCGGCUGUGAGAGCGCCGGGACCGGCAGGAGGAAGGGUCUGUCCUGCGAGGGCAUCGCUCCUGCUGCCCUCCGGCUUGGGACUACAGACAGCCAGAGACUGCGGGGGAAGCGAAACCCAUUGCUCUUGUGCAGUCGCACAGCGCUCAAGGCCUGUCGUGCGACAAACAGCAGAGGCACAACACCACGUUCUCAGUGAAAAUACUUACAACCCAAGGAUCUGGCUCAAAUUUUGU